AAACGGUGUGGCAGCAUUUAAUAAAGUGACAACUUACAGGUGCCCCAAAUUUGCUUAAUUUGCAAAUAGGAGUCCUUUAUUUUGUAUUCGUCAUGUUUGCAUUGGAAUGAAAAUAUACAAGUUUUCAGUGAAUUUACGUCCGCAGUUUUUUCCAUAGUUUUCUCGAUAUAUAAAGUUAUAUCAAAGCAAGUUGACAACAUGUCGCGCCAGAUGAAUGGUGGGAACAUGCAGCACAAUGAGAUAAAUAUCGAUCAGCCACAGGAAUUGUGUUUCGAGAAAUGCCCAGAAAGCAGUGAGGAGCAACACAAACGGUUGGAAAUCGAACGUUUGCUACAGGAACAUAAGAACUGCAUACCAUUUCAAAAGCUUCAGGAGUUAGCACGUUCAGACCACGGACUCGUAACUGAUGAGCUCCGGCGAUUGUUAUGGCCACAAUUGGCUGGUGUGGAUACAUCAAAUUUAGGUCCUGCACCAAGUCUCAGUGAUUUACAAACUCAUCCCGAAUACCAACAAGUGGUGCUCGAUGUAAAUAGGUCGCUUAAGCGUUUCCCGCCUGGCAUUCCAUAUGAGCAACGUAUAGCAUUACAAGACCAACUGACUGUUUUAAUAUUGCGAGUGAUAAAAAAAUACCCAAACUUGCGUUAUUAUCAAGGUUAUCACGAUGUAGCGGUGACGUUCUUAUUGGUCGUUGGCGAAGAGGUAGCAUUUGCGGUUAUGGAAGAGUUAUCAACAAACCACUUUUCUGAGUGUAUGCAGGAAACAAUGGAUGCUACGCAAAAACGUCUCAUGUUUAUAUGGCCACUAGUAGAUUUCGAAAAUCCGCAACUAUUUCAGUUUCUACAAGAAUCUGCUGUAGGUACACUAUUCGCGUUGCCCUGGUAUUUAACUUGGUUUGGACAUAGUUUGAAUUCGUAUAAAGAUGUGGUGCGACUAUAUGACUAUUUCUUGGCAUCCCCCAUUUACAUGCCUAUAUUCGUGACUGCUGCCAUAAUAUUACAUCGAGCUGAAGAAAUAUUGAAGGUCGACUGUGACAUGGCUUCAGUUCACUGCCUUCUGUCCAAG